GACGAGGAAUGGUGGUAGAUCAGGGAGGGACCAGCUCUGUACUGAAUAUCCACUAUGAGAAGGAGGAACUGGAAGGUCACAGGACUCUGUUUGUCGGGGUUCGGAUGCCCAGACAGAGCCAUCGUCACCACAAAGGUCAUGGUUCCCGCCACCAGCAAGAGAGACAGAAGGGCGAGCAGAUUGCAACUCAGCAAAGCGGGGAAGAUGAGGCAACCAGUUCUAGUCAUGACACACCGUCCCAGCGGGUCCAAUUCAUUCUGGGCAACGAGGAGGAUGCUGAACACGUGGCCCACGAGUUAUUCACCGAGCUAGAUGAGAUCUGUGUCAAAGAUGGCAAGGAUGCUGAGUGGAAAGGAACUUGCAGGUGGCUGAAGUUUGAGGAAGAUGUGGAGGAUGGUGGGGAAAGGUGGAGCAAGCCUUAUGUUGCUACACUAUCCCUCCACAGUUUAUUUGAGCUCCGCAGUUGCAUUAUCAAUGGCAGUGUGUUGCUUGACAUGCGUGCUGACUGCAUUGAAGAGAUUGCAGACAUGGUGCUGGACCACCAGGAGGCAUCCAAUGAGCUGGAUGACAGUGUGAGAGUCAGGGUUCGUGAGGCCCUGCUCAAGAGACACCACCAUCAGAAUGAGAAGAAGAAGAACCUGAUUCCCAUUGUACGCUCCAUCACAGAGGGAGCACGCAAACAGUCAGAGCCCCAUCUAAUUGGGUCAGCCUCAUCUCCCCAGCCUCCUCCACCCACUGAACCAGCGAAGAACGGUGCCGGACAGGAGAGCACUCAAGUAGACCUCAGUAAGGUGGACCUGCAUUUCAUGAAAAAAAUCCCAGAGGGUGCAGAGGCUUCCAAUGUCCUGGUGGGAGAGCUGGACUUCCUGGAGAGGCCUAUUGUAGCCUUUGUCCGCCUUUCCCCCGCAGUGCUGCUCACUGGACUUACAGAGGUGCCCAUACCGACCAGGUUCCUUUUCAUUCUUCUGGGCCCAGAUGGAAAGGCUCAGCAAUACCAUGAAAUUGGUCGCUCCAUGGCAACCAUCAUGACAGAUGAGAUUUUUCAUGAUGUAGCAUACAAGGCAAAGGACAGAAGUGACCUGCUAGCAGGGAUAGAUGAGUUCCUAGACCAAGUGACUGUCCUGCCACCAGGAGAGUGGGACCCCUCCAUCCGCAUCGAACCCCCAAAGAAGGUCCCCUCGCAGGAGAAAAGGAAGAUGCCUGGAGUCCCUAAUGGCACUGUCUGUCAGGUAGAGGAAGAGUUACAUGCUGAAAGCCAUGGGCCAGAACUACAGAGAACGGGAAGGUUGUUCGGUGGUCUGAUCCUGGACAUAAAAAGGAAAGCUCCAUUCUAUCUGAGUGAUUUUAAGGAUGGUAUCAGCCUCCAGUGUGUGGCCUCCUUCCUCUUCCUCUACUGUGCCUGCAUGUCUCCUGUCAUCACCUUUGGAGGACUGCUGGGGGAGGCAACAGAGGGACGUAUUAGUGCAAUAGAGUCCUUAUUCGGUGCGUCAAUGACUGGAGUAGCCUACUCGUUGUUUGCUGGUCAGCCUCUCACCAUCCUGGGCAGCACAGGUCCUGUUCUUGUGUUUGAGAAAAUCCUCUUCAAGUUCUGCAAGGACUACGACCUUUCUUAUCUGUCACUGCGGAGUUGCAUAGGCUUAUGGACAGCCCUACUGUGUUUUAUGUUGGUUGCCACAGAUGCUAGUUCCCUGGUGUGCUACAUCACUCGUUUCACAGAGGAGGCCUUUGCCGCCCUCAUCUGCCUCAUCUUCAUCUAUGAGGCUUUGGAAAAGCUGUUUCAACUGGGAGAACUCUACCCCUUCAAUGCACACAGUGAUUUGGACAAGCUCACCCUGGCAUACUGUAGGUGCGCAGAACCUGAUAAUCCCAGUAAUAAAACUUUGGAAAUGUGGAAUGAGAGAAACAUCACAGCUUCCACUGUACCCUGGGCCAACCUGACUGUCAAGGAGUGUAUCAGCCUGCAAGGCCACUUUGUUGGGACAGCAUGUGGUCACCAUGGUCCCUACACCCCAGAUGUUCUUUUCUGGUCUACUAUCUUGUUCUUUUCGACAUUCUUCUUGUCUACCUUCCUCAAACAAUUCAAGACUAGCCGUUAUUUCCCCACCAAGGUGCGGUCUAUGAUUAGUGAUUUUGCAGUGUUUCUUACCAUUGUUGUUAUGGUCCUGCUUGAUUUUGUCAUUGGAGUACCCUCCCAAAAGUUGAAGGUGCCAAGCAAAUUCCAGCCUACCAGAGAUGAUCGUGGUUGGUUCAUCAAUCCAAUAGGGCGUAAUCCAUGGUGGACAGCUCUGGCUGCAUCUGUUCCUGCUCUUCUCUGCACAAUCCUCAUCUUCAUGGACCAACAGAUAACUGCUGUUAUAAUCAACCGCAAAGAGCACAAACUAUUGAAGGGCUGCGGGUAUCAUCUGGACCUGCUGAUGGUGGGAGUGAUGCUGGCCGUAUGCUCCAUCAUGGGCUUGCCCUGGUUUGUGGCAGCCACUGUCUUGUCGAUUUCCCAUGUCAACAGUCUGAAGCUGGAAUCAGAGAGCUCAGCUCCAGGAGAGCAGCCUCGCUUCCUGGGCAUCAGAGAGCAGAGGCUCACUGGCCUGGGCAUCUUCCUGCUCAUGGGCUUAUCUGUAUUCAUGACUGGAGCCCUGAAGUUCAUUCCUAUGCCAGUGUUGUAUGGCGUUUUCCUCUAUAUGGGAGUCUCUUCAUUAAAAGGCAUCCAGUUCUUUGACCGUCUGAAACUGUUUGGUAUGCCAGCAAAGCACCAGCCAGACUUUAUCUACCUGCGGCACGUUCCGCUGAGAAAGGUGCACCUGUUCACUCUUACCCAGCUCACAUGUCUGGUGCUUCUCUGGGUCAUUAAGACUUCGCCGGCAGCUAUCAUCUUUCCCAUGAUGGUGUUGGCUCUUGUGUUCAUCCGCAAGGUGCUGGACUUGUGCUUCUCCAAGCGAGAGCUAAGCUACCUGGAUGACCUAAUGCCCGAAUGGAAGAAAAAAAAUCUCGAUGAUGCCUCAAAAAAGUUGGAAGAGGAAUCACAGGUUAUGCUCAGUCCAAAAAAUGAAGAUUCGGCAACUGUUCAGAUUCCAAUGGAGAAGACCAAGCCUGCUCAGGCUCCAAAAGCCCACGAUCCCAGGUGUGAUCCCUCUGAUAUUAACAUAUCUGAUGAAAUGUCUAAAACCACCGUGUGGAAAUCUCUCAACUCCAAUCAAAAGGACACUCGUCCUUUGACUGCUAAAAAGGUUUGAAGACAUUGCAUUCAUCGAUGACUAAAGGACGUCCAAACUCCUGACAGACUCAGCUGUAUCACUUGACUGUAAAAGAGUUGGCUGCUUUACCAUCAGCCACUUUAAUGCUCAGAGAAAGGAGUCUCCACAGUUUCUACCAGCUACCCAUAACACAUAUGGUUCUCACACAUGGGCAAAGAGUGUGGUACAUCCAUC